AUCAUCUGGAUGUGAAAGUUAAAACAGGGAUAAUUCUAGUGGAGUAGGAGAAAUUGUAUAAAUCACACAAUCCGAUUAAAAAAUCAUCAGUGUUUCCUGUUUGCAAGAAAUGAAGUCUUUGGUGGCAAUUUUUCUGUUGUUUGCGACUUGUCUCGCUGAUGAAAAGAAGACGGAAAAGCGUGGAAUUGAGAGUUUUGGACAUGGAGGCGGCGGACACGGUGGUGGUGGUCUUGGCCGUGGCGCUACUGUAAGCACAGUCAGUCAACAAGUACCAGUUCCGGUACCACAACCGUAUCCUGUGACAGUCACCAGGCCUGUGCCAGUACCAGUACCAGCUCCGUACCAAGUUGAAGUGCCACGACCUGUUCAAGUACCAUAUCCAGUCCCAAGACCCGUUGAAGUCCCACGUCCGUACACUGUAACUGUGUCCCGACCUGUGCCAGUACCUGUCCAAGUCCCGAUUCAAGUACCAUAUCAAGUACCGGUAGAGGUACCAGUACCACAGCCUUAUCCGGUCAGUGUUCCACAACCCUAUCCUGUAAGAGUACCACAGACUAUUGAGGUACCAGUGCCGGAACCUGUCAAUGUUGGAGGCGGAAAUGGGGGAGGAUUUGAUGGAGGACACGGAAUUGGAGGAGGAGGACAUGGGGGGUACAGCUACUCCAGUGUGUCCAUUGGAGACCACCACUUUGGUACCAGCUCCAAACACUAAUUUGAAUGAUUUAUUGUUGUAUUGUUUCACCCAUUUUUCAUUGUAGGUACCCCAUUUGUAUCAUUUUUAUUUGUGAUAUUCUAGUUACUUUUAGUUUGUAGUUUUCGUACUGUCAAUAAAGUGAAAAUUUGAUUUAA